UUUUCAAAGGCUCUCACCAUCAAUGGAGAGUGCUGUACUGUGCCACCUUUCUAAGGCAGUUGCGAAAGGCUAUCAAGGCCAAACGCAAGGAAAACUGUCGAGUAUGUUGUUCUUUCAUCGAAACAAAUACUCCAGUGCACAAGUAAUUGGUUUCGAUGGCUGCUGUGUGUGAUUGGCUUUGGACUGUAUAUAUGUGUGUGUGUCUGUUUGUGUAUAAGGCUGUGUAAGGUGUGUAUCUCUACCACUGUGCGUGUGUGUGUGUGUAUAUGUGCGUUCGUCUAUAUGUGUGUGUGAGGGCGCGCAUGUAUGUUUGUCAUGUGUGUGGGCGGUAUAUAUGUAAGGUGUGUAUGUAUGUAUAUCAUCAUCUUCAUCAUCAUCAUUACUAAUUUAAUGAAUUAAUGAGAAUUCGAACAUGGUGGUAAAUUUAACUUGAGAAUGAUCUCCAGAAUGAAGAGACGGUAGAGAAGAAUAGGCAAAGUAGACAGGGAAGAAGGGUACGGAAGAUGGAGGUGGAAGCGAAAGAGAGGCAAUGAUAGAAGUAGUAGGAGGGUGAGUGUAAGAUGGAAAUGCAAACGAAAAGUGAGAGAAAGAGGGGGAGAGAGAAAGAAAGAUAUAAAGAGAGUAGCGGACAGAGAGAGAGAAGAGGAUUGACAGAAAUGACAAAGUGAAGAAGAAUAAGUUGAAAAGAGACUAAAUAAAGAUAGACAGAGGAAAGAAAAGAAAAAAAUCGUUGAGUGAAUAUUGCAAAAGCUGAUACCGUGACAGCGUCAAGAAAAGAUAUCUAUAUUAACCAAGUCAUCUUAGUAUACAUGAUGAAAGCCAUGCAAGUGAAUAUUAUAGAAGUUUGCAGCCUUCUGAUGUUGUUUGUGUCUUUUGCUUCAUUUUUUUGCAGCCUUCUGAUGUUGUUUGUGUCUUUUGCUUCAUUUUGUCUGGCAAGUGGUGAAGUGAGAAAAGAAGGAGUUCAUAACAUUACACAAAGUGAAAUUGUUGAACUUGGGCAAUGUGUUGCACUACAUAUUGAAGUUCCUGGUUUAAAGCGACCGUUUAAAUGGUUUAGUAAGUGUGGGAAGUUUGAGUGUGACACUACAUGCGCCAAUGGCUCUGAUUUUAGACUGACACAAAAUGUCAACACCUGUACUCUUUGGAUUGGAAAUGUGACUUCAGAAUGUCUGAAAUGGUAUUUUGAAGAUUCUGUCUUGAAUACAGGGUGUAUUAAGUUGCAAAUAUAUGAUAAGAAAACAGAAACCAGCAUGACCACCCCUGCCCGUGUUGUCACAGCUGGCCUUGUCAUAGCCGGUGUUGUCACAGCUGGCCUUGUCAUAGCCUAGUUUAUUGUCUACAAGUUUCUUGAGAAAAAAUACCAGAAACCUUUAACUGACAGUCUCAACAUCGCAGCAUUGAACAUUGACAGCACCAGGUUCCAAUCUGAUCCGGAUGCCCUUUCAGAGUGUCAGGUAGAGGACCAGUCAGGAGGUAUUGGCAAUGGCCAUCAAAUGGAAAAGAACUGUAUUUUUCAAGUUUACGAGACUUAGAAUUUCUUCAGUAAUAUAGUCUGGUUUCAUUAAACAUCUCUAACAUUGUUUAUCAACAUAUUAAUGUGAUUUCAUCAUCAUCAUCAUCAUCAUCAUCGUUUAACGUCUGCUUUCCAUGCUAGCAUGGGUUGGACGACUUGACUGAGGACUGGUGAAACCGGAUGGCAACACCAGGCUCCAAUCUAAAUUUGGCAGAGUUUCUACAGCUGGAUGCCCUUCCUAACGCCAACCACUCAGAGAGUGUAGUAGGUGCUUUUACGUGUCACCUGCCCGAAGGCAAGUCAGGCGAUACUGGCAACGGCCACGCUCGAAA